AUGCGUACGCCACUCCCCUUCCACAUCACCGGUGGUCAGCCGGCUGUGGGGCAAGGAGUGGUCAUGCACGCGCGAGAAGGAACUUUGCUCACAAAGCUAACAUUAGUAUAUAUUCGCCCGAAAAAUCGGCAUACAACCGAUGUGGGACUAAACCCCCGUCACACCUUCCUUAGAAGAGGCGGGCAACCAGCGCGGGUUCGAAUCCUCCCAGAGUCAAAAUUCAUAUAUUUUUAUCUGAUUAUCGCGACUUUCCUGCAGAUCGCCGGUGAAGGAUUAAGCAACGAGAAUCGUUGGAUCAUCGGCGAAAAUCUCGUCAACACGAUUCGCGGAGCAUUGCUACUAAAAUUGCUGAACGAUUCGCGAUAAAAGGAUCGCAAAUCCAUCGAGUAAAUCAUCUCCGAUUGAUCGACGAACAAGCCGUCGUCGGGAAGAGGACGAUCCGCCGGGAGACCAGUCGCCACCUCCUGAGAGCGUACCAGAUGCGAUGAAGAGCCUCCUCUUGCUGCGCGGACCUGAGGAUGAAGCUCCCUGACACGCGCCCCACCUCCAUCCAGCUCCUCUCCGUCGGGUGACAGCCGUCGGAGAGCCGCAAAGUCACCGUUUUUCCGCUCCGCCGGGUGACAGCCGCCAGAGACGAUUCGACGACCCACUUCAUUGAUCUCUAGACUUUGCGAGAAGAUUUAGAGAUUGCCCACGUCGUCUUUGUCCAAGGAGAGCCUUCGAGGCCAUGGACACUGCACGACGAUCCUCCCGAAUGCUCAGGAUUCCGAUGCAUCGCUGACGCAUCGCCGUCGCGACGCCGGAACUCUGUUUUCCUGCUUUCAAUUUAAUUUACGCUUCAUUUAGUGAUACUUUGUGUGAUUUUAAUUUACCAAACUAUACUUCGUUAAAUUACGAUUCUUCUGGCUUUUACAGAUUUUAAUUUGAUUAAUUAAGUCGUCUGUAAUCGCUUACGUAAGAAUCGCCGGGUGGAACUCUGUUUCUGCCUGAUUCGCGUUCGCCGGGCGCUGAUGUCAUCCUGACGCCCGCACCCUUAUUUCCUUUUUUUUCGUGAAUUUUAAAUAUAUUUCCUUUUUAUUUCCUAAUAUAAAAUUCGUAAGAAAAUCGUAUUCAUUGAAAAAAAUUCUGAAUAAUUACCAGAUAUUAUAUUACAUCCCUGUGAUCGACCUGGAAAAUUACUGCUAUUUUUGGAAUUUUUAUUGAAUUAUAAUUGAUAUAUUUAUUUAGAAAUACUUCUAAAUAUUCAAAAAUUUGUAUUUUCUAGUUUUAUAAAUUUUAUAUUUGCGUGAUUUAAUAUACAAUGACUGAGUCACGUCACAACCGUUGGAAAUGACUCGACGACCCAUUUCAUUAAUCUCUAGACUUCACGAGAAGAUCUAGAGAUUGCCUACGUCGUCCUUGUCCAAAGAGAGCCUUUGAAGCCAUAGACACUAUAUGACGAUCCUCCUGAACACUCAAGAUUCUGGUGUAUCGUCGAUGCAUCGCCGUCAUGACGUCGAAACUCUAUUUUCCUACUUUCAACUUACUUUAUGCUUCAUUUAGUGAUUAAUUUUUGUAUUUUUAAUUUACCAAAAUAUAUUUUGUUCAAUUAUGAUUCUUUCAACUUUUAUAGAUCUUAAUUUUAUUAAUUAAAUCGUCUAUAAUCGCUUACGAAAGAAUCACCGAGUGGAACUCUAUUUCCGCCCGAUUUGUGUUCGUCAGGCAUAGACAUCAUCCCAACGUCCACACCCUUAUUUUAUUUUUUUGUGAAUUUUAAAGAUAUUUCCUUUUCAUUUCCUAGUAUUUUAAAUUUUGGCACUGUUGUCGGGGAUGUAUUGCGUAAUAUUUAA